AUGCGUUCAUAUCCUGCUAAAUUUCAGUUGUAUGAGUUGUUUAAUCGAGCUGGAGAAGUCAAACGAGUAAUCAUGGGCCUUGAUCGUUUCAAAAAAAGUCCCUGUGGUUUUUGUUUUGUAAUUUAUUAUACACGAGCAGAUACCGAAAAUGCCGUACGUUUUCUGAAUCGUACAAUGCUGGAUGGAAGGAUUAUCCGAGUGGACUAUGAUGCAGGCUUCGUGGAAGGGCGUCAGUAUGGACGAGGAAAGCACGGUGGACAGGUCCGAGAUGAGUAUCGUGAACAGUAUGAUCCUGAUAGGGGCGGCUAUGGUAAGAUCUGGCAAGAUCGGGAGAGGAUUUGA